AUGCAGUACGAUGGCGGCAACAACGCCCGGGGCUAUGAAGGUGUUCCUGCGAUGGAUGGCAAGCCCAGUUCAAGAGGAUUCGCUAUAGCGUCAAACGAACCGCAGCACAGAUUUGACAAGCAGUCGCAGUCCCCUGCCGCUAUCGAGUUGGAGCAUACAAUUGGGUUCUCCGCCGUGCCGAACGCGAUUCACUAUCACCCGUCGGGACGCGACUACGUGUAUCCAGCCGGAGGAUCGGUCCUGCUUACAUCCUUCCAAGACGCACACAGUCAGCUCUUCCUGCGUGGCCAUGAGGGUAAUGUAUCAUGCAUCGCCAUGUCUCCUUCGGGUAGAAUACUAGCCUCAGGGGAGCGUGGCAGACGUGCAGACGUCCUUGUUUGGGAUUACUCAGCUCGGCGACUAGCCUUUCGACUGUCGGAGCACGAUGCAGGGAUCGCUGCGCUUGCGUUUUCGGACGAUGAGCGACUGCUCUGCUCAGUGGGGGUGCCUGAGGACGGGCCACGGCUGUACAUUUGGGACGUCUUGACCGGCAAUAUCUGCGCCACGCACCAAAAGAUGUCGAACAUCGUCACGGCAGUUGUAUUCGGAGGCAUGGCACGCGAUGUAAAGCGCCGAGACACUGCCAACUACCAAUUUGCAACGGUUGGACAUCGAUUGCUGCAGCUUUGGGUGCUCAAUCCAGUCACGGGGGAGCUCACGCAGCACAAGAUCGAGCAAACGCUCAUUCGCGACUAUACCUGCGUGCAGUUUUCUCCAGAUCGGGAGACUCUCGUGGCUGGUAGCUCCAGUGGCGACUUCUGCGUUGUUGGUGUGAAGACCCGGCAGCUAUUCAAGGUCGUCCCUGCCUGUUCCUGCGGCGUGAACUCGAUUCUGUACUUUGACGGCGGCAUUCUCGUUGGCGGCGGCGAUGGCAGCGUCAUUCAUUAUGGUCACGACUUCGUCGAUACUUGUCACGUCGCGCUUGACAGCGGCAUCGUUGGUAUGACGCUAAACACAGCUCAGAAUGAGGUUGUCGCUGGCACCCAGGCUGGUGGCAUCUUCUCGGUGCGUCUCGCCUUUGGUACCUCGCAACGGAGUCUGCAGGCUAGAUUGCUGUCUGAAAACCACUCGAACGGUGUCGUGCAGAUCACGUACGCGUCUGAGGUAUCCGAUCGCUUCGCUACCAUUUCCCGAGACUGCACUAUUCGCGUAUGGGAUGCCUCGGACUACAGCGUUGCGACUCGCUGCGUUGUUAUGGACGCUGGGGCGCCGACCUCACUGCAAUACUCGCUGGAUAUCCUCCUGUCCGGUUGGACGGAUGGCUGCAUUCGCUCUCACAGCAGCGAUUCCGGUGAAGCUGCUUGGUCCAUCGAUAAUGCUCACACAGGUGGGGUCACAUCUCUAGUGUUGAGUCACAACCAGCGCUUCAUCGUGUCCGCAGGUGUCGGCGGUGAAGUUCGUGUGUGGGAUAUCCGAAAGCGCGACUUGGUCUCACACCUCAAGGAGCACUCGAUGGCAGUCACCAGUCUAGCGCUGUAUCGCGACGAUCUGCACGUGAUUUCCUGCAGUCGCGACCGUAGCUUGCUCUGCUGGGAUCUGCGCAACGAGCGCAGAAUUUCGAGCCACAUCCAGCGCAUGGGCGGGAUCAACACCGUCGCGCUGUCUGCAGACCAGCGUCUUGUUCUCAGUGCUGGGCAGGAGAAGCGCAUAUCGUAUUGGGACCUGCGCAUUGACACUCCAGUCACGGUAAUUCAGAAGGCUCAUGACGAAGAAGCUACGUGCAUCGCUGUGGCGCACAACCUGGAGGUGUUUGCCACCGGUGGGAAUGACCGACUCGUGAAACUCUGGGACUUCAACACCAACCAGUUGAUCAUGGACGGCGUGGGGCACUCGGGUAAUGUCCGCGGGCUGGCCUUCAGUCCUGACGAUCGACAGCUCGUCUCCGUAGGCGACGACGGCUGCGUUUUCGUCUGGAAUCUAUACAUCGAGCAGUAA